AUGGCGUCGCAGAGAGAAAACGGGGGUUACGCUGGUAGUGUCCGUCUUCGCUCGUGUCGUAUCUAUCUACGUCUAACUGUGUGUCUGUUUGCAUCUGCCUGUCGAUCUAUCUACGUUACUAUGACUGCCUGCUUUCCUACCUGCCUAUCGACAAUCUACGUCUUUCUGCCUGCCUGCUUACGUAUGACUUCCUGCCUGUCUAUUCACGUCUUCCUGUCUGCUUACUUGCCCUUCUACAUCUUCCUGCCUAAUUGCCUUCCUGCCUCUUCCUGUCUAUCUAUGCCUGCCUGCCUAAUUGCCUACCUGUCUAUGUACGUCUUCCUGUCUAUCUACGUCUUCCUGCCUACCUGUCUAUCUACGUCUUCCUGCCUACCUGUCUAUCUACGUCUUCCUACCUAUUUAUAUAUUCUUGUCUGUCAAUCUGUAUACUUGCCUUUCCAUCUGUCUUCCUGCGUAUCUAUCUUGACUGUUCUUUAUCUAUCUAUCUAUCUAUCUAUCUAUCUAUCUAUCUAUCUAUCUAUCUAUCUAUCUAUCUAUCUUCAUCUGCACCUUCUAACGAUAACAUAUGUCCCUAUUUUCCCCUUUAUUUGA